AUGGAAAGAGGUUGGACCCAUGUGGAAGGAUUCGUCCUCUGCCUCAUUCUUCACCUUUUACUUCAAGGAGAAGGUGACACUUUCACCAUCAACUGCUCAGGGUUUGACCAACAUGGGGUGGACCCUGCUGCCUUCCAAGCAGUGUUUGACAGAAAGGCCUUCCGUCCAGUCAUUAACUACAGCAUCCCCACUCACGUCAACAUCUCCUUCACCCUGUCUGCCAUCCUAGAAGUGGAUGCACAACGUCAGCUGAUGACAUCAUUCCUGUGGCUAAACGUGAUCUGGUAUAAUCCAUUUAUCAGUUGGAACCCAAAGGAAUGUGGGGGUAUCAGGAAACUAAGCAUGACAACAGAGAACCUAUGGCUUCCAGAUAUCUUCAUCGAAGAAUUCAUGGAUGUGGACCAGACACCUACAGAUCUCAUGGCUUAUGUAAACAAUGAAGGUCGCAUCAAAUAUGAUAAGCCAAUGCAGGUGGUCAGCAUCUGUAAACUGGACAUCUUUUAUUUCCCCUUUGACCAACAGAACUGCACACUUACCUUUGGUUCUUUCCUCUACACAGUGGAGAACAUGGUCCUGGGCAUGGAGAAUAAAGUGCAGGAGAUUUCAAACACAUCACUGAACCUCAUUCGGAGCAAGGGGGAAUGGGUACUUCUGAGUAUUCACCAAAGAGCAAAGAAGAUGACUGUGGGCACCAACCAGUAUGACCAGAUCAUUUUUUAUGUGGUCAUCAGACGCAGGCCCAGGCUCUAUGUGAUAAACCUUCUGCUGCCCAGUGGCUUUCUGGUUGCCAUUGAUACCCUCAGCUUCUACCUACCUGCAGAAAGUGGGAAUCGUGCCCCAUUCAAGAUAACUCUUCUGUUGGGCUACAAUGUCUUCCUGCUCAUGAUGAGUGACUUACUCCCAACUCGGGGCACACCCCUCAUCAGUGUCUACUUUGCCCUGUGUCUGUCUCUGAUGGUGGUCAGUCUGCUGGAGACCAUCUUCAUCAUCUAUCUGCUGCACAUGGCCACCAGCGAGCCCCCACCCAUGCCUCAGUGGCUCCACUCCCUGCUGCUGCACUGCACCAGCCCCAGGAAGUGCUGCCCCACUGCAGCCCAGAAGGGAAAUAAGGACCUGGGUCUCACCUCCACCCACCUGCCUGGCCUGAAGGAGCCAGAGGUGUCAGCAGGGAAGAUGCCCAGACCUGGAGAGGCAGAGUUAAAUGGAUGCCCUGAAUCAACAAGGGCCCAAGAACACGAGGCCCAGAAGCAGCACCUGGCUGAGCUGUGGGUCCAGUUCAGUCACAUGAUGGACACCCUGCUCUUCUGCCUCUACCUACUCUUCAUGGCCUCCUCCAUCAGCACACUCAUUGUCCUCUGGAACACAUAA